AUGUCCGCCAAGUAUGAACCUGUGAGCGAAGGAGAGGAGCGACCGCCCGGCAGCGCUGGCUCCAAUGACUCCUUCAGCGGCACCCACCUGACUCCCGAGUCGGAUUCUGACGACGAUGAUGAACUCGAGCACCUGGAAGCGGGGGAAGGGUAUGAACUGAAAAGCCUGCCCAAGUAUGGCGAGAAGAGUCGGGAAACCCAGAAGGGUGCAAGCGCAGGCGCAGAGGACGACGAUGAAGACGACUCAGAUUACGAUGAAGCAGACACCGCCCUCGGCGGCCGCAAGAGCACUAGGAGAGACAGUGUCGCCUCCUUCGAACUCUACACCCCCGACGAAGAGCGCAAAGUACGGCGCAAACUGGACACCCGCCUUGUCCUCUUCGUAGCUGUAUUAUACCUCUUCUCGUUCCUCGAUCGUAGUAAUAUCGGCAACGCAAAAGUCGCUGGCCUGACGGAGGACUUACACCUUUCGAACGACCAGUUCGAAUGGCUACUUACGGCGUUUUACAUCACAUACAUCCUUUUCGAAUGGAUGACAUUGUGCUUCAAGGUGUUCCCUCCGCACAUCUACAUCUCGGUCUGUGUCUGUGCCUGGGGCGUGCUGGCAUCAUUACAGUCUUUGGCGACUAGUUGGGCCUACAUGCUCGUUCUACGAGCUUUCCUCGGCAUUGGAGAGGCAGCCUUCGUUGGCAUACCCUUCUACCUAUCAUGGUUCUACAGACGCGAAGAGCUAGCCCUGCGCGUCGGCCUCUUCAUCGCAGCAGCACCUCUCGCAACCACCUUCGCUAGUUCCCUCGCCUGGGCUAUAGUACGUUUCGGCGACAAGACUGGCAUCGCCUCCUGGCGCCUCCUCUUCCUCCUCGAAGGCUUCCCCGCCUGUCUGGUAGCCGUCUGGGCCUGGUUCUGGAUCCCAGACUCUCCCUCCACCGCGCGCUGGCUCAACGCUCGAGAGAAGAAAAUCGCGACUCUCCGCAUGCGCAAAGAGAACAUCGCCGCCACCUCGAAAUCCGGCACACCAUCUGCGUCUGCGCAGGUUCCCCGCCACAAGCGCAAAUUCCAAUGGCACCUCGUCCUCUCCACCCUCCGCGACCCGAAAUCCUACCUCACCGCCGGCAUGUUCUUCUGCUGCAACGUCGCUUUCUCGAGCAUGCCGGUCUUCCUCCCCACCAUCGUCAAUGGGAUGGGCUUCUCGAAACUCGCCUCCCAAGGCCUCGCCGCUCCACCCUUCCUCUUCGCUUUCGUCUCCGUCCUCCUCACAGCCUUCAUCUCCGACCGCAUCCGCAGCAGAAGCGGUCCGAUGCUCUUCCACUCCCUCCUUGCCCUCACCGGCUACCUCGUCGCCACUAUCGCCGGCAUCCUGCACGCUGGCCCUACGAUCCGCUACCUCGCCACCUUCCCCAUCUGCGCUGGUUUCUUCUCCGCCGUGACGAUCGUUAUUACCUGGACGAUCAACAACCAGGUUUCCGACGAGGGUAAGGGGACGGGGAUGGCGGUGUUGAACGUUUUCGGGCAGAUGGGGCCGCUGGUGGGGACGAGGUUGUACCCGGAGAGCGAUGCGCCUUUUUUUGUGAAGGGGAUGGGGGUUUGUGCGGGGGCGAUGGGGGUGGUGGGGUUGUUGGCGUGGGCGUUGAGGGUUGUGUUGUCCAGGGGGAACAAGAGACGGGGUAGGGGUUGGGAGAAGGGCGGGUUUAUGUAUAUUACCUAG